CUCUCCAUAACGAUCCCCAUAAAGAAUCCCUCGUAUCUGACGCACGCUAAUAAAUAAACUAAUUAUCGUAAUAGACUUGUGCUCAUAAUAUCUGGCUUUUAUUCACUUACCCCCCUCGGCAAAACCCUUAUUAUCCUCUUCAAUCCAAAUCUCCACUGAGCUCCGCCCAUGGCGACGCGAGCCCCAAAGCCUCAGACCCAGGUGAUCACCGACCAGAACCCACAAAGCCCAGUUCAAGGAACUGAGUUGUCGAAACCAGUUGAUGGGAAUGGACAAGCUGCUGAAGCUGUCAAUGAUAUUUCAGAAAGGCCAUUUCUUGCACCUUCGGAACCGAUGAGAGAGGAUCAAGUGCAAAACGCUGUUAAGUUUCUGUCGCAUCCAAAAGUGAGGGGCUCUCCAGUUAUUUACAGGCGUUCAUUUCUCGAGAAGAAGGGCCUCACCAAGGAGGAAAUAGAUGAAGCCUUUCAUCGUGUUCCUGAUCCACCAUCAAAUGCAACGUCUGCUGGGGCUGCUGUCACAAAUCAAGUUGCCCGACCAAAUUCAUCUACCAGUUUGCAAGCGCAAGCUCCCACUCAAGCUCCACAACCUGCAAGUCUUCCAGUUAACAGUGCUUCCAUCAUCUCAAGUGUGCAACAGUCAAGGUUUCAGUGGUCACAUGCUUUAAUUGCUGUGGGUGUGCUUGCUGCUUCUGGUGCUGGAAGUGCUGUCUUCUUCAAGAAAGUUGUAGUUCCAAGGUUGAAAACUUGGAUAAAGAAAGUUGUAGCAGAAGAAAAAGAAUCUGAGAAGGAAGAAGAACAGCAUUCAGUUCUUGCUGAUCAAACGGCAGAAGCUGCAAAAGCAGCUGCCACGGCUGCUGCUGUUGUUGCUAAAGCAAGUGAAGAAUUACUGAAGUCCAAAAAUGAAGAGAGGAAGUACUUUGAGGCUUUUAUGAGUGCGAUGGAUGUCCAAGUGAAGGAGAUGAAAUCUAUGGGUGAAGCUAUCCGAAAGUUGGAAAGCUCAAGGGAAAAUAGCCAUUCUAAGGAGAAGAUGAUGGAAGAGUACAUUCAAUCCAAUAUAGGGAAUGCUGCGGGGACUACUAACAAUUCAUGGAGAACUCCUCAGGUCAAUCUGGCAGAUGCAAAUCUCUCAUCCAUACAGAAGCAAGUGAAAGUGAAUGGCACAAAUCCUGACUAUGCUGCAGUACGACCUUCAUCAGCACCAUCAACUGUAGAACCUGCACCCCACCCAAAGUCGUAUAUGGAGAUUAUGGCCAUGGUGCAAAGGGGGGAAAGGCCUCCAAACAUCAGGGAUAUCAAUGACAUGCCCCCUAAUCCCAAUCAGGAGCCGAGUAAAUCUGUGCUAGCACCUCGACCUAAGCCAUGGGAAGUUCCUCAGCAAAACUCCAGUGAAGUUCUAAGCUCCAGCAACGAAGAUAAUGGCCUCCCGUCCUAUAUCAACGGGAAAGCUAAUGAUUCUUCAGAGCCAUGGUGGAAAAGAAAAGCAGUAAAGAUAACAGAACUGGAAACUGAAUCGAAGGAAGUGAGUUCCAUCCAAAGGAGCUGGGUCCCGCCUCAACCACCAGGUGUUGCGAUUGCUGUUGUCAAAGAAUCUGAGAUUGAAGAAGAAAGGGAAGUUGGUGUUGAGAUGAGUUGA